AUGCUCACGCUGAGCACGUUGCCCAUCCAGCCUGCUGCGCACAUCGCCCGGGAGAUCGACAAGAUGCCAGCGAGGCGCUUUCUCAGAUGGCCACCAGGCUUGCGAGUUCGAAAAAAUCCUAGCUCGCGGUGUCGCGGCGCGUCGGAGCUCACGAAAGACGAGUACCGUGUCUAUGAGGCCAAGCAGAAGCUUGUCAUGGGCAGCAUGAAGAAGGCGCCCGAGGACGUUGUCGCUGGCGACGAAUCUGAGAAUAUACGAGUUCACUCAUAG